AUGGCCUGGCACAUCAGAACCACAGAAAUAUAAGGCAAUGGUGGACACUGGUGUACAGUGCACUCUAAUGCCCUCGAGUCACCAAGGGACAAAAUCAGUUUAUAUUCAUGAAGUGACUGGGGGAUCCUAAGAGCUGACUAUGUUGGAGGCCGAAAUCAGCCUCACUGGUAAAGACUGGCAAAAGCAUCCUAUUGUGACUGGUCCAGGGGCUCCAUGUAUACUUGGUAUUGAUUAUCUCAGAAGGGGUAUAUUUUAAGGAUCCCAAAGGGUAUCGAUGGGCCUUUGGAAUAGCUGCUGUAGGCACAGAAGGUGUUAAGCAGUUGUCUGUUUUGCCUGGCCUAUCAGAAGAUCCGUCUGUUGUGGGGUUGCUAUGAGUGAAAGAGCAACAGGUAUCGAUUGCUACAGAAACAGUGCACAGACGGCAGAACCGCGCCAACAGGGAUUCCUUGCUCCCUAUUCAUAAGUUGAUUCGUCAACUAGAGAGUCAGGGAGUGAUUAGCAAAACUCACUCACCUUUGCUUUCACCUGGAGGGGCAUUCAGUAUACCUGGAAUCGUUUGCCCCGGGGGUGGAAACAUAGCCUAACCAUUUGCUAUGGGCUGAUCCAAGCUGCACUGGAACAGGGUGGUGCUCCUGAGCACUUACAGUACACUGAUGACAUCAUUGUGUGGAGCAACACAGCAAAGGAAGUUUUUGAGAAAGGAGAGCAAAUAUUCCAGAUCCUUCUCUGUUCUGGUUUCUCUAUUAAGUGAAGCAAUGUGAAGGGACCUGCCCAGGAAAUUCAGUUCCUAGGUAUAAAGUGGCAAGAUGGACGUCGUCACAUCCUGACAGAUGUGGUAGACAAAAUCACUGCCAUGUCUCCGCCCACUAAUAAGAAAGAGACACAAUCGUUUCUGGGCAUAGUGGGUUUUUGGGGAAUGCAUGUUCCAAACUACAGCCUCAUUGUAAGCCCCCUUUAUCAUGUGACGCGAAUGAAAAAAUGAGUUUACAUGGGGUCCUGACCGGGAGAUAGCCCGUGUUGUAGCCCUGGGGCCAGUACGGUUGGGAAAGGAUGUGAAGAACAUCCUCUACACUGCUGCUGGAGAGAAAGGUCCCACUUGGAGUUUGUAGCAAAGAGCCUCAGGAGAGACCCAAGGCUGACCCCAGUGAUUUUGGAGUCUGGCGUACAGAGGGUCUGAAGAGCGCUACACUCCAACUGAGAAGGAGAUCUUAGCUGCAUAUGAGGGGGUUCAAGCUGCUUCUGAAGUAGUCGGUACUGAAACACAGCUCCUUUUGGCACCUCAACUGCCAGUGUUGAACUGGAUGUUUAAGGGAAGGGUUCCCUCCACCCAUCAUGCUACUGAUGCCAUUUGGAGCAAGUGGAUUGCGUUGAUUAUGCAGCGAGCGCGGAUGGGGAACCUCAGCCAUCCAGGAAUCCUGGCCUGAAGGUGAAAAGUUUGGAACACCACCAGGAGAAGUACUGCAUGCUAAAGAGGCCCUACCAUACAAUGAACUACCAGAAAAUGAAAAAACAUGUGCCCUGUUCACAGAUGGAUCGUGUCGUAUUGUGGGAAAGCAUCGCAGAUGGAAAUCUGCUGUGUGGAGCCCCACACGACAAGUUGCAGAGGCCACUGAAGGGAGGGGAGAAUUAAGCCAAUUUGCAGAGGUAAAGGCUGUCCAGGUGGCCUCGGAUGUUGCUGAACGGGAGAGGUGGCCAAUGCUUUAUCUUUACACUGACUCAUGGAUGGUGGCAAAUGCCUUAUGGGGGUGGUAACAGCAGUGGGAGCAAAAUAACUGGCAAAGACGGGGUUAAUCUAUUUGGGCUGCUGAACUGUGGAAAGAUUGCUACCCGAACAAACAAUAUGUUUAUAAAGUUGCAUCACGUAGAUGCUCGUUUGCCCAAGAGAUGGGCCAUUGAAGAACUGCAAAAUAACCAUCCGGUUGACCGAGCUUCCAGAAUUGAGGUGCCUCAAAUAGACCUAGACUGGCAGAACAAGAGUGAGUUAUUUUUAGCUCGGUGGGCCCAUGAGACCUCAGGUCAUCAAGGGAGAGAUGCAACAUACAAAUGGGCUAGAGACCGAGGGGUGGACUUAACUAUGGAUGCCAUUGCACAGGUUAUUCAAUACUGUGACACAUGCGCCACAAUUAAACAAGCCAAGACAAUGAAACCUCUAUGGGAGGAAGGGCAAACCUCUUCGUGGAUCUGUUUUUGCCCAGGGCCCUGGGUCCACUUGGUGGGUGAUGCAGAGAAACGGGGAUGUUCAGUAUGUACCACAAGGGAAUUUGAUGUUGAGGGAGUGCAGUCAGUAAUUCCAUAUUCGUAUAUAGGUUUGUGUGUGCAUGUUUUUGAUGUUUGGUAAUUACUGUUUGUUUGUAUAUAUAAUAAGCAUGAUGUAGUGAUGUAGAAUAAGGGGUGGAAUGCCAUGGUUUUAUGAUUUUUGGUUUUCGGUAUUCCACAUCAUAACAUCAUGUGGGGCACUGGCAGUUUAACUGUCAGUGCUCAAGUCCUGGGUACCUGCCCAGAAGGGAAGAAGAACUACAUUCCCCAGGGGACUUUGUGGUCAGGGAGAGGAGAUGUAACUCCUGGCAAGGUCACCUGAUGCUCUUUUUUCGCUUGUUCUUCGUUGUGGGCGCUGCUCCCGUCUCCCUGCUGCUCAACUGGACUGUGCAUCUCACCUCAGCAUUGUGGUGAGGCCUAUCCACCUUUCGGACAUUCUCUCUCUCUCAUUAUAUUUGAUGUAUUAGCUUCAAUUCUGAUUAUAUUGAAUUAUAGUGUGUUAUCUUGCAUUCCGAUACUAUAUUUAGUAAAUUAGUUUGUUUCUCCUCAGAUCGGUGCCGCUGCUUUUAAUUAUUUUGGGGUCCCCUGUUUUCUUUUUUCUGGAGGCGUGGAUCCCUCUGCCCCACUCGUCACGGAACCUGGCUGAAGAAGCCUAUAAACCGUUGACAUGUCUUCAUCACCACUUAAAGAAGAACUCCAGAAGUUCCUAGGCGUGGUGACGUAUCACAGCAAUGCCCCAGAAGAGACAAUGGUUGCUCCACCAGAGAAGGGUCCCAUUCAGGAAGGGCAAUAUCCCAUUCCUCCAGAUGCCUGGUAUAUGGAUAGGUCCAGCAAGGGUAACCCAAGCAAUUGAAAUGGAAGUGUGAGUUGGAGGUAGACGUUGUUCAUAGUUUUGGAGUGUAAGAAUCAAUUCAAAAACUAAAGGUCUUCUCAGUUGGUCCUCGUAUCUGCCAAACAUUGCUGCUAGUGUACCGGUGUAUCUUUCUGAUGCUGUUGUUGUGAGUUUCCGCCAUAUAUCAGGUGGCAUCCUCGCUCUCUCAGGAUCAUAGUUUUGGCAUGGAUUGUUAGGAACAAAAUUAAGGUCAUACAUUUCCACCAUGGCUAUUUCCCCCAAAUACUGGAUACCCUUUUCAACUGUAUCCCACCUUUUCAUCACAGGCUUCACAUUGUCUUUGAAGGAUGCCUUUCCUUCACAACUACUAACACUCUUUCCCAGAGGGUGGCAGCCCCAUCCAAAAAACAUCUACUAAUCCCUCUGUCAAUAGAUGAGUCUCUGGCAGUGCCUCCUAGUUGGCAAGCUUCAUUACCAUCUAGAGACAAGAUACUGGCCCCGCUGUCCCAACAGUGAAGCAACCAGGAAAUGAGAGUUUCAUUCGGGCACCGUGUAAACUCCUUUCUUGAACCUUGGAUUUCAGUCAUCUUCAGAGGUUGACUAGUAGUAAUAGAGACUUCCUCUUCAUCACUCUCUUCUGCAUGUCUCUUAGUUUUUUCUUUUGCCUUCCCCAAUGAUGGUGAUUCUGAGGAGGGCCCCUCACCUGGAUCGUCCUCUACCUCCUCCUCCUCCUCUUCUUCUUUUUUCCAUUCUAACUGCGAGGACACUCGUUUCCAUUGCUUGCCUUCCACAGGGGCAACUGACAUUGUUACUGGUGUCUCCUGUGACUGAUCAGAUUUGACUUGGAGACUUCCCCCUUUGGCUUGAACCUCAGCUCGGAAACUCUCUCUCUCCAGAAUAGUAUUAUAUAGAGCACGGUAAGCACAAGCCAAACCCCAAAUAAGUUGUACCUCCUGAGAUGUAUGUAAGCCUCACCAUCCCUGACUCAAAUACUGGCUUAGUUUCUCGGAAUCCCACAGGUGUUCAAGAGUGAAAUCCCAUGACAUUGCGGUCCCCACGCUUCUAAGAUGUUUCCUAAACCUCUCCAUAUUCCUAGCCAGUCAGCAUUCUCUGGUUUUGGAGGAGACUUCUUCCACAUAACACAAAAGACAGGGAUCUCUUGGAAAGAGUCCAGCGGAGGGCCACGAAGAUGGUGAAGGGCCUGGAGCAUCUCUCCUAUGAGGAAAGGCUGAGUGAACUGGGUCUGUUCAGCCUUGAGAAAAGGAGACUGAGAGGGGACCUGAUCCAGGUCUAUAAAUAUCUAAGGUGUGGGGGGCAGAAUGGCGAGGCCGGACUCUUUUCAGUGGUGAGUGGAGACAGGACAAGGGGAAACGGCUGGAAACUGCAGCAUAGGAAGUUCCGCACAAACAUGCGCAAGAACUUCUUUACAGUGAGGGUGACGGAGCACUGGAACAGGCUGCCCAGGGAGGUGGUGGAGUCUCCUUCUCUGGAGAUGUUCAAGACCUGCCUGGAUGCCUACCUGUGCGACCUACUGUAGGGAACCUGCUUUGGCAGGGGGGUUGGACUCGAUGAUCUCUGGAGGUCCCUUCCAACCCCUACAAUUCUGUGAUUCUGUGAUUCUGUGAAAUGGAGAAGAGUACAUUCAGGGAGAUUGAUAACAUGCACAUGAGUAUGAGAAGGAGCAUGACCACUAACUUGGCAUUCAAAAAGUGUGUGACAAACUGAGAAAAAACCUGGAAACCAGUUUGAACAUUGUAUUGUUUGUAAAAUUAACUAUUCCAUCUGGGAUGUAAGUGUCAAAAUUCAAAUCAUACAACAUUGCAUAUAAGUACCAGGCAAGUGUCUCCAUCAGUGCCCUUACUUGGUUGUAUAUAAACACAAUUCUACAACAAGAAAUCAUGACAUUAAUAAUAGGCCAAUAAGUCCCCAAGAAGAUAAUAACUUUUAAUCCCUUAUACAGUGUUCCUAAAAUAAAGAGCAGAUUCAUAUCUGUUUGCUGCUAAAAAGGGAAAAAACAAACAACCACUUAGUACAGUGUCCAGAGUUUGGCAGACUGCCCAGACUACAAUCUAAUCUAUGAAGUUCAAAGUAGCAAUGCUUUUGCAGUCUCUGGCUUAAAGAAAUGUUUUUAUGUUUUGUUCUUGGUUUUUUGUUUUUUUUUUUUUUUUUUUCCUGCUAAUGUUAAAAGUUUCAGCAUGCCCGCAUUUUCCACCAAAAACUGUCACAGAGUUAUCUCGAUCAAUCUAUGCCUGUGACAGGGGAGCAGUAGGCCCGUGGGCCCCCUGGCCCCCCAAAAAAAGUGGAAAGGGAAAAAGGGAAGGGUGGGGAGAUGGGAGCUGGGCUCAAAAAAAACCCAGAAAAGUGGCAAUGAUCUAAGGAGGAAAACUUAUUUUUCUAACUGUGAUAAUGGAAUACAAGAUAACACAAUAUAAUACCAUCUAAUUGAAAUUGAGGCUAAUAAAUCGAAUAAGAGAGAGAGAGAGUUUUCCGAAACUGAAAAGCCUACUUUGAACUGAAGGUGCACAGCUUGGAAGCACAUCCACACCCUCUGCCAGGCAGCAAGCGAGAGAGAGCAAAAUCCCAUGACUUCCUUCCUCCCGUGACUUAUCACGUUCACCUCACAUGCGAAAGGUCCUCUGGGAUAUGUAGUUCUUCUCUUCUGAGAGCCAGGUAUCCGGAAAGUUGUCAGUUUGUGGAACUGGAGUAUUAACUCUAUAAUUACCCACGCUUUACAUGAUGUUAUGAUGUGGAAUAUCAAUAGCAAAAAAAUUACAAAACCAUGACACCUCUUGCUGUGGGAAGGAGUGGCAUCUACUAAAUCAGAGCGCUAUGAAACCUGGCAUUGAAUGCCUCCAAGAAUGAAGCAUCCACAACUUCCCUGGGCAACCUGCUUUAGUACCUCAUCACUAUGAGUGAUAAAAUUUCCUCCUAAUGACUAAAUCUAUCCUCUUUCAAUUUAAAGCCAUUUACUUUUUUCCUAUCACUAUUGACUUUUCACAUAGUCUGAUAUCUUUCCUAUUUAUAAGCUCCCUUUAAGUAAUGGGAGGCCACAAAUGUGUUUCCCAAGAGCCUUUGCUUCUCUAAGCUGAAGAAGCCAAGCUCCUUCAACCAUUCUUCAUAGAAGAAGUACCUCAGUUCUCCGGUGAUCUUCAUGGCCCAUCUCUGGACCUGCUCCAACAACUCUGUGUACUCCUUAUGCUCAGGGACUGUUGUGGCUAAGCACAACACAGUUGUAUGUUCAGUUGUUUCCCCAUCCCCCUGCCUUCCCAGUGGCAUUGAGAAAGAGAAGGAAAAAAUGAAGUAGAACUCAUGGGUUGAGACAAAAACAAACCCCAACAAUUUACUAAGAUUGAAGAAAAGGAAGGGGAGGAAAGGAUUAUAAUUAUGAUAAUUAGAUGUAUAAAACAAAUGAUGCACAAUACCCAAAAUUGCCUCCCUGAUGGACACACUGAGUAGGGAGAUAGAAACCUACCAUUGUGUCCUAGACUUGACAAAUGCAUUGUUCAGUAUUCCCAUUCAUGAAGAAUCGAAAGACUAGUUUGCAUUUACGUGGGGAGGCAGGCAGCAAACCUUUUAGGUCCUGCUGCAAGGGCAUGUGCAUUCACCAACAUAUUGUCAUAAGUUAGUGGCGCGUGACCUAGUGUAGUGGAAUAAUCCUAAUAACAUCAAACUGUACCACUAUAUUGAUGUUCUCAUGUUAAUGACUGACUCACUGGAGGCAUUAGGAAAGGCGGUAGACUCAUUAACUACUCCUUUACAAGAGAAAGGGUGGGCUAUAAACCCACAAAAAGUGCAAGGACCAGGCUUGCCAGGUGAAAUUCCUGGGUGUGGUUUGGUCAGGAAAGACCAAAGUACUACCCAGUGCAAUAAUAGACAAUGCCCCAGAAGAGACAAUGGUUGCUCCACCAGAGAAGGGUCCCAUUCAGGAAGGGCAAUAUCCCAUCCCCUGAAGAUGCCUGGUAUAUGUAUAGGUCCAGCAAGGGUAACCCAAGCAAGUGGAGAGCAGUGGCAUAACACCCUUCCACUGAAACAAUCUGGUUUAAAGAGGGGGAUGGUCAGAGUAGCCAAUUGGCAGAACACGUGGGAUGGUAAUAACCAAGGAACCCAGCAACAGCGUACUAAACAUCUGCAAAGAUAGUUGGGCUGUGUACUGGGGGCUCACUCUUUGGAUUGCACAGUGGGCCACCCAGGAAUGGACUAUCCACGCCCGACCAAUCUGGGGUAGAGAUAUGUGGUUGGACAUGGGACCAUACAUGUUUACCAUGUUUCUGGCCACCAACCUCUGCAAUCACCGGAAAAGCUGACACACUGGCCUGAGUUUGAUGGAUUGAGGAUUCACCAUCCAAGAACAUCGCCCACUGGGUUACAUCAGAAGCUGUGGCAUGCCGGACAAAAGACAAUGUGGGCAGCUGCUAAAGCAUGGGGGCUGCCUAUACAACUAUCUGACAUCAUCCAGGCAUGCCGAGACUGCGAUGCCUGCUCCAAGAUGAGACCGAGACCGUUGCCCGAAACAAGAGCCCAUCUUACUAGAGGAUACAGUCCUCUUCAGCGAUGGCAGGUCGCUUAAACUGGGCCCCUCCCUUGGUCUGAGGGGGCAAGAUAUGCCUUGACCUGCGUCGAUACCGCAAGUGGGCUAGUGCAGGCCUGUCCAGUGCCAAGAGCAAAGCAGGCAUAUACCAUCAAGGAAGGCAUUCACUAAACUGAUGUCUGCCUAUGGGACACCUCAAGUCAUCGAGAGCGACCAAGGGACUCAUUUCACUGGCGCAAUGAUACAACGCUGGGCAGAAGAAAACAACAUCAAAUGGUGAUUCCACCUGCCAUAUAAUCCAACAGGGGCAGGCCUUAUUGAAUGCUAUAACGGUAUUCUUAAGGCUGCCCUGAAGACAGCCUCUCAGUCCCUACAGGGUUGACAAAGAGACUCUAUGAAACCCUGUGGGACCCGAAUAAAAGGCUUAGAGAUGGCAGACCCAGUGCCUUGAAAAUGCAACAGACAACAUGGGCCUCCCCGCUUAGAAUCCAAAUUAUGAGCAGCAAUAAUUGGAUAAGACCCCAAAUUCACCAGGUAAAUAAUCUUCUGCUCCCUGCCCCUGAGAACCUGGAACCAGGUACCUACAGAAUAAAAUGGCCUUGGAAGGUGCAAGUCAGACCAAAGUGGUGUGGCCUACUUGCACCUUGCGGGAAAUUAUUGGAGGUUGGGCAAUUGAUAGUUCCCCUGUGUCAUGGUUUUAUGAUUUCUGGUUAUCAGUAUUCCACACCAUAACAUCAUGUAAUGCACUGGGGGGUUUGACUUCUGAUGCUCGAGUUCCGAGCACUUUAAUGCCCCGUACACUACAUGAUGUUUUGAUGUGGAAUACUGAAACCCAAAAACAAACAAAAAAAAAACAUAGAACCAUGACACAGGUACAUGGCCUGCAGACGUUGUGGUCAACAGUCUUGUUUUCAUCGCUAAGGGGAUCUUAAUCACAUCCCCAUGGCAAAUCAGGACCCCCCCCUUUUUGUUCCCGAUAUAGUUAUGCAGCCUCGGAUGUUGGGCCAAAGGGUACGGUACAGAUGGCUGGGACGUGCCCCAAUGCAGGCGAAAGUGUUGACCCAAGACUGGAACACGGCCUGUAUGUUGGCAUGGAGGGUGGACCUACUCCUUCUGGUACCUCUGAAACAUCUGUGCUACUCCCUGUGAGUCUCUGAGUCCACAGGAUCACUGGGUGAGGCAACAUGACAUCAAGAUGCUCCAAUGUCACUAUAAGAUCAGCGUGACACCCAGUGGUGGACUAUAUGGGACGGAUGAAAUGCGAGCCAAACCUUCCCUGGUUUGAGCAACUAAGUGCCUCCUGGAGAACCAUCGAGUACUGUCCCAGAAAGGAACAUGAACCUCAACCAAGAACCAAUCAUCAUUUGUCGUAUAUUUUGUCAAUCUACACCGCGACAGGCAAAUUGUGCAAAGAGUCGUCGUGUACUAGGUCACUGUUAUGGAAAGGGUUUACCUUCAACCUCCUCAGUCAUUGGUUCAUGCUGUGAAGGGGUGGAGUGUAGUGGAAAUGCUAAGUCAUGGUUUGAAACAGUGAUUGAGCACCUAGUGGGAAGGCAGGGCCAACCCAGGGGAGCUCAGGUGCAUGCAACGCAGCUGAGUGACUGGAAGGGAUGGAGUCAGGAUCCACCUCUUCCCAGACCUCAUUUAAGGGUUGGCAGGGGAAGCUCAGCUAUCUUUUUGGAGGUCUCUGUCUAUGUGUGGGUUUUUUUGUUUUGUUUUGUGCUUGUUUUCUUCCUCUGUUUAUGUGUUCACAGCUGCUCCUUUUGAGCUUGUUUUCUUUUGCUGUAGCCUGUAGCUUUGCCACCCUGCUAUUAUUGCUAUGUUUUCUGUUUUGUUCUGCCAUUUCACUGCCUCUUUUUGCUCGCUUUUGGUUUGUUGGUGUGGAAUAGAUUGGAUUAUGUCAAAUUAUGUUACUUUGUUGUUGACUCAAUACUGAUUUUUGUCUGUUUCGAAAUGCUUGAUAUUGUAGUAGGGUCUCUGUCCAAUUAAGUCUACAAAUAGGGGUGGGCUAUCAACCCACAAAAGGUUCUAGGGCCUGAAUUGUCCAUGCAGUUUUUGAGUGUUGUUUGAUCUGAGAAGACCAUAGCUUUACCCAGUGCUGUUAUUGAUUAAACUCAGGCAUUUCUGUUAUGGUUUUAUGAUUUUUGGUUAUUGGUAUUUUACAUUGUAACAUCAUGUAGUGCUCUGAGAGUUAAAGAGUUUAUGCUUGAGUUCCAAGCACCUGUCUAGUAGAGAGGAAGAACUUAUAUUCCCCAGAAGACUGUUUGCUGUUCUGUUAUCAUUCCUGCUCAGGGGGAACACAUUUAAGGCCUUGGUAGGUCACCUGACAUCCCUCUUUUCGAUCAUCAGGCUCUCUUGCGGCUGCUUGUCUCAUCCGCAUGCCAUUAAUGUAAGGCCUUCAGCUUUUUCAGACACUCUUUCUCUCAUUAUAGUGGAUUUAUUAGCUUCAAUUCUAAUUAUAUUGUAUUAUAGUGUGUUAUCUUGCAUUCCGAUACCAUAUUUAGUAAGUUAGUUAGUUUCACCUCAGAUUGUUGCUGCUGCUUUUAAUUAUUCAGGGUCUCCCGUUUUCCCUUUCUGGAGGUGCAGAUCUGUCGAUCCCUCACCCUGGUAGUCACUGAACUGGGCUGAACUAGCCCAUAAACCACUGACAUUCUUCGUGGAGAAUGCAGGCGUAAGCUGCUUUUUAGCUUUUAGAACAAUUCUUUCUCUGCUCUCAGAGAGCCUUGUUAGUAACGUUUAUCUCUUUUGUAGGUGCGAAAAACUUGACCUUAAAAGUCCAGGUGGACUGUCAAUAUUCUGGGUUAUUUGUAAGUUUUGAUCACUGCUAUCUUGCUUCUGUAAAGGGGGGAAAAAAAAAAAAAAUUCCUUUUUUUCUCUUAGACUUGUUUCUAGAGGGAGCUGCUAAUUCAGCAGAGCUUGUGAUUUUUAAGCAGGCUUCCUGUCUCUUCCAUGAAUCCUUUAUGUAGUUUUUGAAUGUUUAUCCAGUGAUCAUGGUGUAGGUCUCCCUGAGUGUACUGUUCAUCAUUUUACUUAUUUCACUCGGUAUCUGGAUGUAUUAUAUUUUAAGGAAGCCUUCCCCAGAACCAGAGAAUAUUGAGUGGCAGGGAGUGUGGAGAGCCUUGGGUGAGACUUUAGAGAGAUGGAUAUCUUGGGUGUCAUGCAACUUAACUCCUGAACAGCUGAACGAUCCUGAGAGCCUAAACGGAUAUUUGAGACAGGGAUGUUGUGGCUCAGGCAGAUCUGAGGAGGCACAAAUGAUUUGGGGCCCGGCUAAUGCUUAUUGGGCCUUAUUGAAUACUAUCCCAGAGAGGGAGAGGAUUUCUGAAACAGAGAGAGUCUGUGCUGAAAGAGUCUCAGAGCUGAUAGGUAGAAUCUUCAGUGUCAUGGUUCUAUGUUUUUGUUUUUGUUUCUUGUUUUUGGGUUUCAGUAUUCCACAUCAAAACAUCAUGUAGUGUACGGGGCAUUAAAGUGUCACUGCCCCAAUUCCAAGUACCUAUCCCUGUACAUUACAGAAGUCACGGGAUCUGACCCUUCCGGGUGGGGGGGCGCUCUCUUGCUGCCUUGCAGUGGGUGCUGGAGGAUGCUUUCCUAGCCGUUCCAAGCUUUUCAGGUUUGAAUCGGUCCCGGGAACUCUCUCUCUCUCUUAUCUUGUCUGACUUAUUAAUCUCAAUUUCAAUUAAAUUGUAUAUUGUGUUAUUUUGUAUUCCAAUAUUAUAGUAAAAUAAGUUUUCCUCCAUAGAUUGUUGCCGCUGUUCUUUUCCUCCCUUCCUUCCUUCCCAUUUUUGUGGGACUGGGGUGGGGGGGGAGGGCAGAGGCCUGUCGCCCCUGUCACGGACAUAGAUUGAUCUGCUCAACUCCGUGACAGAUUUUUUUUCGCCCAACGUGGGGCGACUGCUUUUUAGCUUUUAGAACGAAUCUCUUUUUUUUUUCUCUCUGCUCUUAGAGAGCUUCGUUAAGGAGCAUUAUCAGUAGUUCAGGUUUCUGUGCUGGAAAACCUGACCUUGAAAGAUUAGGCGUACUGCCAUUGUUCUGGGAUAUUUGUAAACUUUGAGCACUACUUAGCCUGAGUAGUGCCUUUUUUCCUUUUUUUUUCCCCUCCUCUUGGUAGCUUCAAUUCAUUAACCCUUUUUUAGCAAGCACCAGCGAUGAACCCACUCGUUAUCGUGGGGGUGCUGGGUAAAGGAUUAAAAGCAAUGGUGUUAGUCACAACCUACUGGCCAAUAAUCCAGCUCACACUUAAGUGUUGUGGAAUUGCAUUCCUAUAUAACUACCUAAGGGCACUGAUGGAGACAGCUAUGUUUUACCUAGUUGCAAUGUGGUAUGAUUUGAAUUUUGACAUUUACAUCCCAGAAGGAAUGGCUAAUUUCACAAGCAACUACAUCCCAAAUGGAAUAGCUAAUUUUACAAACAACACGAUGUUCAGACCAGUCUCUGGGUUUUCUUCUUGGUUUGUCAAACGUUUUUUGAAUCCUGAAUUAAUAGUCAUGUUGUUGUUGUUGUUUGUGUCAUCAAUUUUCCUGAAUGUAUUCCAACGCAUUCGUAUUAAGGGAAAGGAGUCUCUUCCAAAACCAGAGAAUGAUGAUUGGCAGGGAAUAUGGAGAGGUUUAGGAAAGGUCUUAGAAGCAUGGGGACCCGCAGUGUCAUGGGAUUUUACUCUUGAACACCUGUGGGAUCCUGAGAAACUAAGCCAGUAUUUGAGUCAGGGACUAUGCGGCUUACAUAAAUCUAAGGAGGUACAACUUAUUUGGGGUUUGGCUUGUGCUUACCGUGCCCUAUAUAAUACCAUUCUGGAGAGAGAGAGUUUCCGACCUGAGGUUCAAGCCAAAGGGGAAAAUCCCCAAGUCAAAUCUAAUCAAUCACAGGAGACACCAGUAACAAUACCAGUUGCUCCUGUGGAUGGCAUGAAAUGGAAACGAGUGUCUUCGCGUCUUGAAUGAAAAAGAGAAGUAGAGGAGGAGGAGGAGAAGGAAGAUCCAGGCGAGGGGCCCUCCUCAGAACCACCACCAUCGCGAAAGGCAAAAGCGAAAACUAAGAGACAUGCAGAAGAGAGUGAUGAAGAGGAAGUCUCUAUUACUACUCGCCGGCAUCUAAAGAUGACUGAAAUCCAAGGUUCAAGAAAGGAGUUUACACGGCGCCUGAAUGAAAGUCUUGUUUCCUGGUUGGUUCGCUGUUGGGACAGUGGGGCCCAUAGCUUGUCUCUAGAUGGUAAUGAAGCUUGCCAACUAGGUGCCAUUGCCCGAGAUCCAGCUAUUGAUAGAGGAAUUAGUCGAUGUUUGGAUGAGGCUGCCUCCCUCUGGGAACGAGUGUUAAUAGCCGUGAAGGAAAAGUAUCCCUUCAAAAAUGGCUUGAAGAUUGCGAUGAAAAAAUGGGAUACAGUUGAAAAUGGUAUCCAGUAUUUGAGGGAAAUAGGCGUGGUGGAAAUGUUGUAUGACCCUGACUUUGUUCCUAACCAACCACACCAAAACCGCGACCCUGAAAGAGUGAGGACGACGCCUGAGAUAUGGCAGAAAAUCGUGACAACAGCACCGGACAAAUAUGCCGCUACACUAACGUCAGCGUGUGACAGAUACCAGGAGCAACAGAGAACACCCUUAAUUUAUGAAUUAAUUCUUACGCUCCAAAACUACAAACAAUUGCUGUCCACAAUUCAUGCUGCCGUUGCUGCAAUAUCAAGAAUGACGGAGCAAGUGUCUCAACUGAUUAACCGUGACAAACCUGUAGCAGUAUCAGAAAUGCUUGAUGAAGAUCAGGAUAAUCAAACAAGUCUAGCGAAGGAUGUGAAGGAGGUGAAGGAGACGAUGAGAUUUUUGCGAGCCCACCUAACUAAAGACGAUGAACCUUCCUUCUUACGUGCACGAUCAAAAAUCUCAGCUGUUAGAGGCAGACACUCUCCGGCUCAAGUAAGGAAUAAUACACCGCAAAUUGCCUUAUGGUAUUACCUACGUGACCAUGGAGAAGACAUGGGGAAGUGGCACGGUCAACCUACUCCUGUACUACGAGCCCGGGUGAAAGAAUUACAAGGCAGAUCUACCACCAGUGCAGUUGCUCCAGUUACCACAGGUAAUGAAUAGAGGGGCCCUGCCCUCAGUCAGGGGGGGGAAAGGGAUAAUAGAGUAUAUUGGACUGUGUGGAUUCGAUGGCCUGGCACAUCAGAACCACUGAAAUAUAAGGCACUGGUGGACACUGGUGCACAGUGCACUCUGAUGCCUUCGAGUCAUGAAGGGACAGAAUCAAUCCAUAUUUCUGGAGUGACCGGGGGCUCUCAAGAAUUGACUGUGUUGGAGGCCGAGAUAAGCCUCACUGGUAAGGACUGGCAAAAACAUCCUAUUGUGACGGGCCCAGGGGCUCCAUGUAUACUAGGUAUUGAUUAUCUCAGAAGGGGGCAUUUCAAGGAUCCUAAGGGGUAUCGAUGGGCCUUUGGAAUAGCUGCUGUAGACACAGAAGGUGUUAAGCAGUUGUCUGUUUUGCCUGGCCUAUCAGAAGAUCCGUCUGUUGUGGGGCUGCUGCGAGUAAAAGAGCAACAGGUACCGAUUGCCAUAAAAAUGGUGCACAGGCGUCAGUACUGCACCAACAGGGAUUCUUUGCUCCCCAUUCAUAAGUUAAUUCGUCAACUAGAGAGCCAGGGAGUGAUCAGCAAAACUCACUCGCCUUUUAACAGCCCCAUAUGGCCAGUGCGUAAAGCCAGUGGAGAAUGGAGGCUGACGGUGGACUACCGUGGCCUGAAUGAAGUCACACCCCCACUGAGUGCUGCUGUGCCGGACAUGUUAGAACUCCAGUAUGAACUGGAGUCAAAAGCAGCCAAAUGAUAUGCCACCAUUGACAUUGCUAAUGCCUUCUUUUCCAUUCCUUUGGCCAAAGAAUGUAAGCCACAGUUUGCUUUCACAUGGAGGGGCAUUCAGUAUACCUGGAACCGUUUGCCCCAGGGGUGGAAACACAGCCCGACCAUUUGCCAUGGGUUGAUUCAAACUGUAUUGGAACAGGGCAGUGCUCCUGAGCACCUGCAGUACAUUGAUGACAUCAUUGUGUGGGGCGAUACAGCAGAAGAAGUCUUCACAAAAGGAGAGAGAAUUAUCAAAAUUCUUCUGAGUGCUGGUUUUGCUAUUAAGCGAAGCAAAGUGAAAGGACCUGCCCAGGAGAUUCAGUUCCUAGUUAUAAAGUGGCAAGAUGGCCGUCGUCACAUCCCGACAGAUGUGAUCGACAAAAUCACUGCUAUGUCUCCACCCACUAGCAAAAGAGAGACACAAUCUUUUCUGGGUGCAGUGGGCUUUUGGAGAAUGCAUGUUCCAAACUACAGUCUUAUUGUAAGCCCCCUUUAUUAUGUGACGCGAAUGAGAAAUGAGUUUACAUGGGGCCCUGAGCAGCAGCAGGCUUUUGAACAGAUUAAACAGGAGAUAGCCUGUGCCGUGGCCCUGGGGCCAGUACGAAUGGGACAGGGUAUAAAGAGCAUCCUCUACACCGCUGCUGGAGAGAACGGUCCCACUUGGAGUUUGUGGCAAAGAGCCUCAGGAGAGACCCGAGGCCGACCCCUGGGAUUCUGGAGUCGGGCAUACAGAGGGUCUGAAGAACACUACACUCCAACUGAGAAGGAGAUCUUAGCCGCUUAUGAAGGGGUUCGGGCUGCUUCCAAAGUAGUCGGUACUGACACACAGCUCCUUCUGGCACCUUGACUGCCAGUGCUGAACUGGAUGUUUAAAGGAAAGGUUCCCUCCACCCAUCAUGCUACUGAUGCCACUUGGAGUAAGUGGACUGCACUGAUUACACAACGAGCACGGAUGGGGAACCUCAGCCGUCCAGAAAUCCUAGAGGUGAUCAUGGACUGGCCUGAAGGUAAAAAGUUUGGAACACCACCAGCAGAAGAAGUAUCACGUGCUAAAGAAGCCCCACCAUACAAUGAACUACCAGAGAAUGAAAAGAAAUAUGCCCUGUUCACAGAUGGAUCGUGUCGUAUUGUGGGAAAGCAUCGCAGAUGGAAAGCUGCUGUGUGGAGCCCCACACGACAAGUAGCAGAGGCCACUGAAGGGAAAGGAGAAUCAAGCCAAUUUGCAGAGGUAAAGGCUGUCCAACUGGCCUUAGAUGUUGCUGAGCGGGAGAGGUGGC